AUGGGUGUCUUCUUGCGCGGCCUCGAGGCCGCCGACGUCUUUACCUCGGGUUCGAGCCUCGUCCGCGUCAUCAUUUAUGUUCUUUUUGGCAUGAUUGGCGUCAUUGUCCUCGCAAUCCUCUACCUGCUUUGGUCCAUGUACCGCGAGAGCCUCCAAGACACGGCCAGCGCGCCGUACGUUGAGGUCACAGACGAGCACGGAGAGGCGAUGCACCAAGCCGACACGAUUUGCUCGCGCGGUGUCGGCAUUCGCUGUGACAAUGCCGAGACGCGGCCGACGCUGCGCAGCCUUCGCACCAUGGACGACACGAAAGACGCGCGACCUCGUCCAGCGACGUUGCCGCAUCCCGAGCUCCGGCACACCAUGUCCCUCCCCGUGCUGCACACCGCCACCAUAUAG